AUGCUUCUUGUUUUUCUUUUUGCCCUAGGCGUGGUUGCGUCCUCUGCACUGCCCUGUACGCUCCUCAAUGCGCGAGUUCGACGAGAAUGGAGCGUCUUGACACCGCACGAACGACGGGACUACAUUGACGCGCUGUUCUGUCUACGAUCUCUUCCCUCAAUCCUCCCAAAUGAUCAAUACCCCGGAGUCCAGGAUCGAUUCGACGACUUUGUAGCAACACACAUCAAUUACACCUCGCACAUCCACAACAACGGCCUCUUCCUCCCCUGGCACCGUCACUACCUGCACCUCUUUGAGAACGCGCUCCGCACCGAAUGCGCCUACAACGGCACCAUUCCCUACUGGAACUGGCCCUCCACCCCAACCUCACCCGACGGCACCUACAACCCAGACGAGCGCAUUCUCUGCGACGAACAGGUAGGCUGCAUCGGCCGAGGCACCGGCGGCGGUUGCGUAACAGCCGGACCCUUCACCUUCCCCUCCUGGAAAGCAAACAUGGGCCCGCUGAACCUCCACGGCCUGGACGAGCUGUACGGCCCGCUCGAUCCGUCAGCCUUUAGAUACAACUCGCGCUGUCUGAUGCGCAGUUUUAAUGCUGCCCCGCUGCUCCGGUUUGCCGGUGCCGACGCCGUACAGCGGAUCCUCGCCGCGCAAACGAUCCAGGAGUUUCUAGCGGUGCUGGACCCGAGCACUGCGGGCCGGUUGGGCGCGCAUGCCGCGGUGCAUGUUGCGCUGGGCCCGACGAUGGGGGAUGUGUUUUCGUCGGUGCAGGACCCAGCGUUCUUUCUGCAUCAUGCGAUGGUGGAUCGGCUGUGGGGGAUGUGGCAGGAUGGAGGUCCGGAGCGCCGGUAUGCGCUGAACGGGACGGCGUGGAUGUUUGAUCCGCCGUGGGCGACGAAUGUGACUGUCGAUACGGUCGUGGAGUUUGGAGUGCUCGGUGGGCCGAGAAAAGUUGCAGACUUGAUGGAUCCAUUGGGAGGGGAGUACUGCUAUACCUACUCGUGA